CGUGGUAACCCCGGCGCUUUACGCUUGCUGGUUUUCCCAGGCCGGUUUUGGCUCCUGGCCUUAGCAAAAUGAAGAUUGAGGAGGUGAAGAGCACCACGAAGACGCAGCGCAUCGCCUCUCACAGCCACGUGAAGGGGUUGGGACUGGACGAGAGCGGCCUGGCCAAGCAGGCGGCCUCGGGGCUCGUGGGUCAGGAGAACGCGAGAGAGGCAUGUGGCGUCAUAGUAGAAUUAAUCAAAAGCAAGAAAAUGGCUGGAAGAGCCGUUCUGUUGGCAGGACCUCCUGGAACUGGCAAGACAGCUCUAGCUCUGGCUAUAGCUCAAGAGCUGGGUAGUAAGGUGCCUUUCUGCCCGAUGGUGGGCAGUGAAGUUUACUCAACGGAGAUAAAGAAGACUGAGGUGCUGAUGGAGAACUUCCGCAGGGCCAUCG